CAAACAAUAACAUUUCGGUCACAGUCUCAUAAAGUCUUGUUCUGUCUCUAUAGUCUGUGCUUAGUUCCCUCGUCCAAUUAAUAAGAUUUUUACCAACUGUUUUAUACUAAUCAUGGAUGCCAAAAAGUGUCCUGACCUACACGAGCGCGCCAAGCGCAUCCACGAGCCGGGUCGAGUUUGUCGUGAGCUGCUCUAUUUGCGUUCCAAGAGGGUUAAACGUGAGGUGCCAGCCUUUACCUUUCAAGCUCUGCAGAAGGGCACCGUAGUAAAACCUCCCACAAAAAUUGAUAUAUUUAAGCGUCAACCGGUAAAGGAAACCGUCUUUAAGAUUUACUUUAUGCGAGGCGAUAUUCCAGUCGCUUUAUCGGGUCGCAGCAACAAACAGGACCCUACCAAGGAUCGUCCUUUGCGCUGGCAUUGCACUCCGGAGGAUCUGGAUUAUUGUUACUAUCUGCCCAUUUUCCUAGAUGGACUAGCCGACAUAGACAGCGAUACACGCAUGCUGGCACUCAAUGCAGCUGUCGAUCUGAUCAUGAGACAGCCCCAUAAGGUGCUCCCGGUAUUGCCCAAGUUAAUACUGCCGCUGAAACGUGCUUUUCAGACCCGUGACAAGGGCAUUAUCAUCUCGGCCCUUCAGGUUCUGCAGCUAAUGGUUCGAUUGGGGCCUUGUGUGGGACAGGCUCUGGUUCCCUUCUAUCGUCAACUUCUGGCCGUUUGCAAUCUCUACAAAAAUGUCAAUGUCAAUCUGGGCGAGGGCAUCGAUCCCGAUCGCAGCAAGCGCAUUGGCGAUGUCAUUGAGGACACACUGAAGCUACUGGAGUUCUGCGGUGGCCCCAACGCCUUCAUCAACAUCAAGUACAUGGUGCCCACCUAUGAGAGCAGUGUCUUUCCUCGCUGCCAGGCUCAGGAUGAUGCCCGUUCGAAGCAUUAGUCGCAGUUAUGAGUGUGUUCGAGAAUAACUUGUUUAGUUCGCUUGCUUAGGUUAUAAUUAUGCCAACAAAUUAUCAUCAGUUAGGUUCGAAAUUUUGCGCAAUUAAAGCUAAACAGUCUGGUUGAGCCUGCAACCCGAAAA